AUGGACACUCGGAUUACGCACCGCUUGGGAAAACAUGGAAACUUUUCAAAGAAGGGUGCCAAAGAAGGGCACUUGACUGACAAUGUAACCCCAGUGAAGCCUUCCAAGGAGCUGAGGCCGAUGCUGGGUGCCAUCCUGCUGGGCCUCAUCCUGUUCAUUGCAGCAGUGGUGGCCUGGUGCUACUACACGGUGUCCCUGCGGAAGGCGGAGCGGCUCAAGACGGAGCUGAUGGACCUGCGGGCGGACGGCUUCGUCAUCCGCAACCAGCACGGCGAGGUGGUGUUCCGGCUGGCCUUCCGCUCGGGCAGCCUGGACCUGGAGUCGUGCUCCAAGGAGGGCGAGAUCCUGAGCUGCUCGCGCUCGAGCCGGGGCCCGCUCAACUUCUUCAUCCAGACGGUGAAGCCAAGGACCCGGUGAUGUGCUACCGUGUCGCGCUGGGAGGAGCUGGCGGCCGGCCCGGCCGUGGAGCACACCAUGUUCUGGGAGGACGCCCACUGGUACGGGGGCUCGGAGAUGAGCAUCCAGCACUGGCCCAUCCGCCUGGCCGGCUACCAGGAGCCCGUGCCCUACGUGACCAGCGACGUCUACUCCUUCCGCGACAGCUUUGGCGGCAUCCUCGAGCGCUACUGGCUCUCCUCCAAGGCGGCGGCCAUCAAGAUCAACGACUCCGUGCCCUUCCACCUGGGCUUCAACGCCACCGAGCGCGCCCUCUUCUUCCAGGCCCGCUACAAGGACUCGCCCUACAAGCCCCCACCGGGCCAGCAGCCCUUCCCCGAGCUCAGCUACCGCGUCGUGGGCUCCGACAUCACCUCCAUCCACAAGUACAUGGUGCGCAGGUACUUCAACAAGCCCUCCAAGAUCCCUGCUGAGAACGCCUUCCGGUACCCCAUAUGGUCCACAUGGGCCCUUUACAAAAAAGACAUAAACCAGGAUAAAGUUCUGAAUUUUGCAAGAGACAUUAAUAAGUACCAUUUUAACUGCAGCCACAUAGAGAUCGAUGACAUGUACACCCAGGCCUACGGAGACUUUGACUUUGAUCCUGUCAAGUUCCCCAACGUAACAGAGAUGUUUGCAAAGCUGAGGGAAGAUGGCUUUAAGGUCACUCUGUGGAUUCAUCCUUUUAUACACAUUGAUUCACCCAAUUUUGGUGUGGGGAUUGAGCGUCAGCUGUUCAUCAAGGAGCCCUCGGGGUGGCUGCCAGCCAUGGUGGAGUGGUGGAACGGCAUUGGGGCCAUCCUGGACUUCACCAACCCAGCAGCCCGUGACUGGUUCCAGAGCCACCUGCGCCAGCUGCGGCACAAGUACGGCAUCUCAUCCUUCAAGUUUGACGCGGGCGAGACCAGCUACCUGCCCAAGCAGUUCAGCACCUUCCGCCCGCUGUCGGACCCCAGCAUCUGGUCCCGGCGCUACACAGAGAUGGCCAUCCCCUUCUACGAGCUGGCCGAGGUGCGCGUGGGCUACCAGUCACAGAACAUCUCCUGCUUCUUCCGCAUCAUUGACCGCGACUCUGUCUGGGGCUAUGAGCUCGGCCUCAAGUCCCUCAUCCCCACCGUCCUCACCAUCAGCAUGCUGGGGUACCCAUUUGUACUGCCAGAUAUGAUUGGGGGAAACUUCCUCCCCAACAAGACGGAGGGAGCAGUGGAGAUCCCCAACCGGGAGCUGUACGUGCGCUGGCUGGAGCUGUCGGCCUUCAUGCCCUCCAUGCAGUUCUCCAUCCCGCCCUGGCUCUACGACAAGGAGGUGGUGGAGAUCGCCCAGAAGUUCACGCAGCUCCACGAGUCCCUGGUGGCCCCGCUGCUGCUGGAGCUGGCGGGGGAGGUCACUGACACGGGCGACCCCAUCAUCCGUCCCAUCUGGUGGAUCUCGCCCCGCGACGAGGCCACUCACCGCAUCGACUCCCAGUUCCUCAUUGGGGACACCCUGAUGGUGGCUCCUGUGCUGGAGAUGGGCAAGCAGGAGCGCGAUGUCUACCUGCCAGCGGGCAAGUGGCGCAGCUACAAGGGGGAGCUGUUUGAGAAGACCCCGGUGCUGCUCACCGACUAUCCCGUUGACCUGGACGAAGUUGCCUAUUUCCUCUGGGUUUCCUAA